GUUCCUUCCGAGAGUCAGUCGGCGGCGGCGGCGGCCGUAUGGCCCAUAGUGCUUCUGAGUAAGUUCAGCGGCCGUAGCCGGUGUUCGAGGCCCGGCGGCGUACCCGCCGGCCACUGCUCACCCCAACAAUACGGCGCUCCUAUGGUGUUUCUGAUCAAAUGGAGCACGCCACCGAUGGCUCACCGUCAGCAACUUCGUCGCUUCCUCUCGUCCGCCGCCGCCAGAGCCCCGCCGCCGAUCCCCGCGCGGCGCAUCCCCCGGUCAUCCGGAACCUCCGCGAAAAGUGCCCGCAUCCGGGAGCUCGGCCGACUCGGCAGCUUCCGCGAGGCCAGGGAGGUGUUCGACGCGAUGCCCUUCCGCGACAUCAUCGCCUGGAACUCCAUGAUCUUAGCCUACUGCAACAAUGGGAUGCCCGACGCGGCGAGGUCGCUCGCCGACGAGAUCUCCGGCGGGAACCUGCGCACGGGCACCAUCCUGCUGUCGGGCUACGCGCGCGCCGGACGCGUGCGCGACGCUCGCCGGGUGUUCGAUGAAAUGCCCCUGCGGAACACCGUGGCGUGGAAUGCCAUGGUCACCUGCUAUGUCCAGAACGGGGACAUCACCCUUGCGCGCAGGCUGUUCGAUGCAAUGCCGAGCAGGGAUGUAUCUUCGUGGAACACGAUGCUUACUGGGUACUGCCAUAGCCAACAAAUGGUGGAUGCAAGGAAUCUGUUUGAACAGAUGCCAGAACGCAACAUGGUUUCUUGGACAGUGAUGAUUUCUGGGUAUGUUCUGAUUGAGCAGCAUGGUAAGGCUUGGGACAUAUUUCUCAUGAUGCACUAUAAAGGAAUGUCACCAGAGCAACCAAACCUUGUCUCUGUGCUUUCAGCUAUAAGUAAUCUUGGUAAUCUCAACAUUCUAGAGAGUAUCCACGCUCUUGUCCGUAAGGUUGGCUUUGAGAGGGAUGUGGUGAUCGGCACUGCCAUACUUAAUGUAUACACUAGAGGUGUGAGUAUGCUUGACAAUGCAGUAAAAUUCUUUGAAGGUAUGACAGAGAGGAAUGAGUACACAUGGUCAACCAUGAUCGCUGCACUAUCUCAGGGUGGACGAAUAGACGAUGCUGUUGCUAUCUACCAAAGAGACCCUAUUAAGUCUGUUCCUAGUCGAACUGCAAUGCUCACUGGCCUUGCUCGGUGUGGAAGGAUUAACGAUGCAAGGGUUUUAUUUGAUCAGAUUCCCGAGCCUAAUAUCGUAUCCUGGAAUGCCAUGAUUACUGGGUACAUGCAGAAUGAAAUGAUUGAUGAGGCAGAAGAGCUUUUUAACAGGAUGCCCUUUAGAAACACAAUAUCUUGGGCUGGCAUGAUUGCGGGGUAUGCACAAAAUGGGAGGAGUGAACAGGCUUUGGUUUUGCUCCAGGCGCUCCACCGGAAUGGGAUGUUACCUAGCCUCUCUAGUUUGACCAGUAGCUUAUUUGCUUGUUCGAAUAUUGAAGCUCUUGAGACAGGAAAGCAGGUGCAUUCGCUUGCAGUAAAGGCCGGCUGUCAGUACAAUAGCUAUGUAUGUAACGCGUUGAUUACUAUGUAUGCCAAGUGCAGAAACAUAGGUUUUGUGAGACAAAUCUUUGAUCGUAUGACAGUUAAAGAUACAGUGUCAUAUAACUCUUUAAUUACUGCACUUGUGCAGAACAAUAUGUUGGAAGAAGCAAGAGAUACAUUUGACAAUAUGCCCAGUCGAGAUGUUGUUUCUUGGACUACUAUAAUAUCUGCAUACGCACAGGCUGACCAGGGGAAUGAGGCUGUAGAGAUGUUCAGAAAUAUGCUUCAGGUGCAUGAGUUACCCAAUUCACCAAUAUUAACGAUACUUCUUGGUGUUGGCGGAAAUCUUGGUGCUUCCAAACUCGGACAGCAAAUUCACACCGUUGCUGUCAAACUUGGUAUGGAUUCAGGACUUAUAGUGGCUAAUGCUCUCAUCUCGAUGUAUUUCAAGUGUGGUUCAGCAGAUUCCCUUAAGGUUUUUGAUUCAAUGGAGGAACAAGACAUUUUUACAUGGAAUACUAUUAUUACAGGCUAUGCUCAACAUGGCCUUGGAAGAGAAGCCAUCAGGAUGUAUCAACAAAUGGAAUCUGCAGGGGUGUUGCCAAACGAGGUCACUUUCGUGGGGCUUUUACAUGCAUGUAGCCAUUCUGGUUUGGUAGAUGAAGGGCGUCAGUUUUUCAAAUCCAUGAGCAGUGAUUAUGGACUAACUCCUCUGCUGGAGCACUAUGCUUGCAUGGUGGACCUUCUUGGGCGAGCUGGUGAUGUGCAAGGGGCUUUACAGUUUAUUUAUGAUAUGCCUAUUGAGCCAGAUGCAGUGAUCUGGAGUGCUCUUCUUGGUGCAUGCAAGAUUCACAAGAACGUAGAAAUUGGGAGAAGAGCAGCUGAGGAACUUUUCUCUAUUGAGCCAUUUAAUGCUGGCAAUUAUGUAAUGUUGUCAAAUAUAUACUCCUCCCAGGGGAUGUGGGAUGAAGUUGCGGAGGUGCGAAAACUUAUGAAAGAACAAGGUGUGAACAAGGAACCUGGUUGUAGCUGGAUGCAGAUAAAGAACAGAAUGCACUCAUUUGUCACUGGAGAUGAGGAACAUGAACAAAUUCAAGAUAUACAUGCUACCCUCUGGGAGUUGUACACUUUGUUAAAGGCUACAGGAUAUGUGCCUGACACAGAAUUUGUUCUCCAUGACAUAGAUGAAGAGCAGAAGGAGAGCUCACUUCUGUACCACAGUGAGAAGCUUGCUGUUGCUUAUGGCCUUCUUGUUACACCCAAGGGCAUGCCCAUCCAGAUAAUGAAGAACCUUAGAAUAUGUGGUGACUGUCAUGCUUUCGUCAAAUUUGUUUCCCAUGUCACCAAGAGAGAAAUUGACAUUAGGGAUGGGAAUCGAUUCCAUCAUUUUAGGAAUGGAAAUUGUUCAUGUGGUGAUUUUUGGUGAUAAAUUAUUCCACCACCAACAGGUCCUCUUCACACUAUCCCCUCACAUUCAGGUACUGAUAGAGGAAGGGGUCAAGUUUACUGAGAGGAGCUAUGAAGUCAGGAAGAGGAAGGGCCAAUCCAGUGAGGUAUUGAGCAACAGUUGUGGAAUGGAGUUGAAACCAUCUGCUACCAUGACAACAUAUGGAAUGGAGGUGGCUGGAGCAACACGGACACUGGGUUUACGGCUGAGGGAAGGUUUUGAAGGCAGUCUCAUGGCUUCGUGACGUGCCUUAUUGGCGGUGAUGACCAGUAAUGACAGGAGCCAGAUGGCACUCGGCGGCCAAUUUCAAUGCAGUAAGGCUGAGCAGGUGCAGGCAGAUUGAGGCAAACUGGUGCUUCCACCUUUGCUGGUGCAGUGCAGGAGCAGUCGAGCUAUAGAGGUGGAUAUGAUGUCAAAAUUGAUAAUACCUCAUUGGUAAAUUCAGUGGCCACCAGCCACCUUAUCAUCUGCAUUUCGUUAGAGAUGAAUGAAAUCCUUGACAAACUUCCGGUUGCAUUGACCAAAGAAAUUGUGGUGCUUGGUUGUAUUUUUCUACAAUCUUUGUGCAGCGGAAUGCUACUCAAGAAACUGUACACUUGCAGGCUGACAGCAGCUGCUGAUGGAAAAUUGGAGAGGAAAGGUCAAUGGCAGUGAGAAGAUCUCUUAGUCUUAUGCAUUAUGAAUGGAUAAAGCUAAAUAUAUAUCUUCCAGGUUCAAUCUCACCUCCCCUUAUUCCCAUUUUCACUGAGUUGCCUCGACGCUAACGGCAGGGAGAAGGGAAUGCUGAUAGAGUGGUGGCUGUACCUGAUAUGAUCCAAUCAGUUCGGAUUGCAGGACUGCUCAAGGGCUACUGUGCUGGUUCCACCAUCAAGUGCUUCCCGGCAUUUUGUGGUGCCCUAUGGCAUUUUGUCCUGUUCCGUGAAUGCAUCGCUGGAUCACCUCCAAUGCUUCCCACUCCUUCCUGGUGAUCCUUUCUGCUACUCAAAUUAAUUUGUGGGUAACCUUUCGUCCUACCAAGCACCGACCACCAAGUACUGUCGAGCCACGUCGAUACCGGGGAAAGCGAAAGCAAACCGAGAAGGGAGCAAAAGAGAACAUCUCGAUUGGUACCACACGAACCAGGACCAAAGGGGCUGCCACCGGGAGCACAUAUAUAUAUCCUCUGUAAUUUAUGCUUCGGAUGCAUCACCACGACUUGAGAAAAGGGGAUGAAGGAUGCGCGCACCUCGCCGUUCGUCUAGCGCCACCUCGCAGGAAGUCAGCGUCAGACUGGUCACCCUUUGACACGGACGAGAGAUUCACGCAGCCAUCAGCACCCGUUUUGCAUGUAUGUCUAAGCAGGAUCUUUCUUUUCUUUGACAAUUUGACCUGAUCUGAUCCUACUGGAUUGGGGAGUACUAUUGCAGUGGCAGCAAACCUGAAAACCCACUGAAAGCUACACUCGGCCUUGAUUCAGAAGAUGCAGUGCGUAAACAGGUUGCUGGCCUGAAUGA